UACUGCCCUUAGCUAUAUCGAUCAAAGAGAGCAAUAUGUAUAUUGUUUUUCCUCUUUACAAUUUUCUUCUUAUUGCUCUUUUUCCAUUCAUCUUAUUACUUGCAAAACAAGUGAGAUCACGGAAACCUAGAGCAAAUCUACCUCCAGGUUCAAUGGGAUGGCCCUAUGUAGGUGAAACCAUGCAACUAUACUCUCAAAACCCUAAUGUCUUUUUUUCCUCUAGGCACAACACGUACGGAGAAGUUUUCAAGACUCACAUACUUGGCAGUCCUUGUGUGAUGCUGUCUAGCCCAGAGGCUGUGCGGUUUGUGCUGGUGACUCAGGCACACUUGUUUAAACCUACAUACCCUCAAAGUAAAGAAAGAUUAAUUGGUCCCUCAGCACUUUUCUUCCAUCAAGAUGACUACCAUGCACAGAUUAGAAGAUUAGUCCAAGGAUCUUUGUCCUUGGAUGUUAUCAGAAACUCGGUGCCAGAUAUUGAAGCCGUUGCCAUUUCUACCUUAGACUCGUGGUCUGGAAAAGUUGUUAACACCUUUUAUGAGUUAAAGAAGUUCACCUUCGAUGUUGCUGUCUUGUUUAUCUUUGGUCACUUGAACAAUCAAUACAAAGAGAUGCUCAAGAAAAACUACUACACUCUAGACAAAGGCUACAAUUCUUUCCCUACAAAACUCCCAGGCACCUUGUACAAUAAAUCGGUUUUGGCAAGGAGGAGACUGAGCUUAAUUCUCGGUGAGAUAAUAAAAGAGAGAAAAGAAAAGAGUUUGGUGCGUAAAGAUCUAUUGGGCAACCUAUUGUACUUCAAAGAUGAUAAGGGAGAAGCACUAACACACGAUCAAAUCGUUGACAACAUCAUUGGAGUAAUGUUUGCUGCUCAGGACACCACAGCCAGUCUCUUAACUUGGAUGAUCAAAUACAUACACGAUGACUCAAAGCUUCAAGAAGCUAUCCAGAUAGAACAGAAGACAAUUUUUGAAUCAAAUGAAGGAGGAAGUCAUUCGCUGAGUUGGUCACAGACUAGAAAUAUGCCCCUUACCAGCAGGGCUAUAAAGGAGAGCUUGAGGAUGGCAAGCAUCGUCUCUUUCACCUUUAGGGAAGCUGUCGAAGAUGUUGAAUACAAAGGAUACUUGAUCCCAAAGGGAUGGAAGGUACUGCCUUUGUUCCGGAACAUCCAUCAUAAUCCUGAAUUCUUUGUUGAUCCGCAUAAAUUCAAUCCAUCAAGAUUUGAGCUCGGAGUAAAACCCAACACAUUCAUGCCAUUUGGAAACGGACUUCAUAUCUGUCCAGGAAAUGAAGUUGCCAAGCUGGAGAUGCUUAUUUUCAUCCACCAUCUUGUUAACAAGUUUAGAUGGGAAGUGGUGAGGUCGAGUGGGGGGGUUCAUUACGACCCAUUUCCAAUACCUCAGCAAGGACUUCCAGCCAAGUUUUGGAAGGAUUCAAGCCAGUUAAGGACCACAAGGCCAGGCUAGCAGGGAGGAAAUGAAAAACUGAUGGAGUAUAUGUAUACAUGCAUUUAGUGGUGAUAACUGAUCAUCUUGUUACCUCAGUGAAUAUAUAUAUAUAUAUAUAUUUCUUUAUAUAUAGCCAUUCUGUUCUCUGUAGUGUCUACCACUUCACAGAGAGAGUCCAACAAAAAUACAUAAAUGUAAGCUCUUACGAUUACUCAAGUGGUGAUAAUGUGUGGGGAAACGAAUCAUUCUCAUUCAUUUCCCUUUUAUUGUAAACAAAAAAUAGAGUAAAAAAAAUCUCUCUCUCUCUC